AUGAGGCCAGGGUACCUGCUGCAGCUUGCGCUCCUGCUCGCCCUGCCCGGGAGCCUGUGGGGCAGAGGAUGUGCGUCUCCACCCUGCGAAUGCCACGAGGAGGACGACUUCAGAGUCACCUGCAAGGAACUCCACCGCAUCCCCAGCCUACCACCCAGCACCCAGACUCUGAAGCUCAUCGAGACUCACCUGAAGACCAUCCCCAGUCUGGCAUUUUCAAAUCUACCCAAUAUUUCCAGGAUCUAUUUAUCUAUAGAUGCAACUCUGCAGCGGCUGGAGCCACACUCUUUCUACAAUUUGAGUAAAAUGACUCACAUAGAAAUCCGAAACACCAGAAGCCUAACUUAUAUAGAUCCUGAUGCCCUAACAGAGCUCCCCCUACUCAAGUUCCUAGGCAUUUUCAACACUGGACUUAGAAUAUUCCCUGACCUGACAAAAAUUUAUUCCACUGAUGUAUUCUUUAUACUUGAAAUCACAGACAACCCUUAUAUGACUUUGGUCCCUGAAAAUGCAUUUCAGGGACUGUGUAAUGAAACCUUGACCCUGAAACUAUACAACAAUGGAUUUACUUCAAUUCAAGGACAUGCUUUCAAUGGAACAAAGCUGGAUGCUGUAUACCUAAACAAGAAUAAAUUCCUGACAGCUAUUGACAAAGAUGCCUUUGGAGGAGUAUACAGUGGACCAACCUUGCUAGAUGUGUCCUCCACCAGUGUCACUGCCCUCCCCUCCAAAGGCCUGGAGCACCUGAAAGAACUGAUCGCAAAAGAUACUUGGACUCUCAAGAAGCUUCCUCUGUCCCUGAGUUUCCUCCACCUCACUCGGGCUGACCUGUCUUACCCAAGCCACUGCUGUGCCUUUAAGAACCAGAAGAAAAUCAGGGGAAUCCUAGAGUCCUUGAUGUGUAAUGAGAGCAGUAUCCGGAACCUGCGUCAAAGAAAAUCAGUGAAUGUCCUGAGAGGUCCCAUCUACCAGGAAUAUGAGGAAGAUCUGGGUGACAACAGUGUUGGGUACAAACAAAACUCGAAGUUCCAGGAGAGCCCCAGCAACUCUCAUUAUUACGUAUUCUUUGAAGAACAAGAAGAGGAGAUAAUUGGUUUUGGCCAAGAGCUCAAAAAUCCUCAGGAAGAGACUCUGCAAGCCUUUGACAGCCACUAUGACUACACUGUGUGUGGGGACAAUGAAGACAUGGUGUGUACCCCCAAGUCAGAUGAGUUUAACCCCUGUGAAGAUAUCAUGGGCUACAAGUUCCUGAGAAUCGUGGUGUGGUUUGUCAGUCUGCUGGCUCUCCUGGGCAAUAUCUUUGUCCUAUUUAUUCUUCUUACCAGCCACUACAAACUGACUGUGCCACGCUUUCUUAUGUGCAACUUGGCCUUUGCAGAUUUCUGCAUGGGCGUAUACCUGCUUCUCAUUGCCUCUGUAGACCUGUACACACACUCUGAGUACUACAACCAUGCUAUUGACUGGCAGACAGGCCCUGGGUGCAACACUGCUGGCUUCUUCACUGUUUUUGCCAGUGAGCUAUCGGUGUACACACUAACAGUCAUCACCCUGGAGCGAUGGUAUGCCAUCACCUUCGCCAUGCGCCUGGAUAGGAAGAUCCGCCUGAGGCACGCAUACACCAUCAUGGCUGGCGGCUGGGUGGCCUGCUUCCUCCUUGCCCUGCUCCCUAUGGUGGGAAUAAGCAGCUAUGCCAAGGUCAGCAUCUGCCUGCCAAUGGACACUGACACGCCUCUUGCUCUUGCGUACAUUGUCCUUGUUCUGCUGCUCAAUGUCAUUGCCUUUGUCAUCGUCUGUUCCUGCUAUGUGAAGAUCUACAUCACAGUCCGAAAUCCCCAGUACAACCCUCGAGACAAAGACACCAAGAUUGCCAAGAGGAUGGCUGUACUGAUCUUCACUGACUUCAUGUGCAUGGCCCCCAUCUCCUUCUAUGCCCUGUCAGCACUUAUGAACAAGCCCCUAAUCACCGUUACUAACUCCAAGAUCUUGCUUGUUCUUUUCUACCCUCUCAACUCCUGUGCCAAUCCAUUCCUCUAUGCUAUUUUCACCAAGGCCUUCCAGAGGGACGUGUUCAUCCUGCUAAGCAAGUUUGGCAUCUGCAAACGCCAGGCCCAGGCAUAUCAGGGUCAGAGAGUCUGUCCAAACAACAGCACUGGUGUUCAGAUUCAAAAGGUUCCCCAGGACAUGAGGCAGAGUCUCCCCAACAUGCAAGAUGCCUAUGAACUCCUUGGAAAUGCCCACCUAGCUCCAAAAACACAGGGACAAAUUUCAGAAGAAUAUAAGCAAACGGCCUUGUAA